AUGACUGAUCUUGUGAAAUUUGAGCAGUUUAGCCUGAAUGCAUUCUACAAUGACAUCCCCAAACUUAACAAUACCAAUGACUGGUUCAAAUGGAGCCAGAAAGUCAAAGAGUUCAUCCGAAUAUCUACCAUUACUGAUGAUGGAGCGGCCCCGCCGGAGAACGAAGAAGAAGCACAGAAAUGGACUCACCGUCAGAAAUUUUACUCUGCAAUGAUCACGGCCAAGCUGUCGCACGAUGCAGCACAACGAAUCAGCGCCUUUAACAUCACUCGAGUACAACUGCUCCUCAAUGCAGUCAAGAACAACUUCAAACCGGAGGGAUCUAGAACAUAUGUACAGCUGCAGAGACGAUACAUGUCUCUUACAAGAGCAAAGUAUAGGAGUGCCCAAGCUCUUGAAGCUAAGAUCAGAAAGAUUCAUGCAGAAAAAAUACUCCUUGAGCCUACCUGUGUCACUUCUGAGAUUAAGCGAAUAUUCCUCUUCUUAGAAGCGUUGGGUCCCGACUAUGAGAGCUUUCGCGACCAUAUAUUCAGGCAAAUGAACAUCGUUAACGAAAGGGACGAAAAUGGGAACAUUACAAAAGCGGCCCCUACAUUUGAUUCCAUUGAAAGCAAAGCGAUCGAAGAAGAACAUAGAAAGGGACAACUGGCCAAGCAACCAGAUACGCAGACACUUCCUACCUUCGCUCUGACACGAAAGUCGGGGGACCGAAAGGUGACGCCGUCAGCAGACGGUACUACAUGCCAAAUUGAAAUUUACAACGCUCCAUACUGUUCCUUUUGUCAUAAACCCUUUCAUCAGGAGGGUGAUUGCUUCAAAAAGAACCCAGAAUUAAGGGAUCAGGGAAAGGACAGCAAAGGACGCAAGACGAAAACUGGUAAAUCGCAGACAGACACGCGCAAGUCGUCAAAGAAGCGGUCGAGCUCUGACGAUGAAGAUGACGAUGUGGGUGGCCCAAGAGAUCCCAAGAGGCCCACUUUCAUGGCAACAAAAGCCUCGGAAGGAGACGUAAAUGCUGCGUUUGGGAAAGACAUUGAAGGGAAUCUCGCGCUUUUUAAUCAUACUCUCACGAUGAUGGCUACGAAGACCCUCUCUAUCCGCGACGCUUGGAUUGUCGACAGCAGAUGUGCUCAACACAUCUGCAAUACCGCCGCUAAGUUUGUUCAUAUGGAAAAAUACUAUGGACCACCACUAAGAAGUGUCGACACCUCUACAACCCCAUCAGGGAUAGGAACAGUGAACAUUCUGUGCAACAUGCGAGGCAGAAGGAAAUAG